GUAGAUUUUUACUUUAAUGUCAGACAAAGUACACGUAUUUAAAAUAUGAAGUAUUGAUACUUAUCAAAUAACAAAAAUGAAUUAAUAAACAAAAAAUAUUUUAAAGAUUUGAAUUAAAUUGUUUGAGAAAAAAAUGAUGUAAAAAAAUUUUUUAAAAAUAUUAUGAGUUUAUUAAGAAGAGAAAGUCAGCUAAAAUAUAAAUUUUGAAAUAAUUAGAUGUAAUCAUCAAAUAUGCAUAAAAUAAUGGUACUUUGAUGUUAUAUGCGUACACGCAGGCAUUGGUUUUGUGGCUAUUCUGACCACAAAGCAAUGAUGGAUAAUAACUAUGGAUAACUACAAAGUCUUCCAAGAAGUCAGGGAGGUGUGGUUUGGCAAUGCUCCUGUCGUGUGCAGGAUGCAAGAAACCAAUAAUGGACAAAUUUUUUCUUAACGUUUUGGAGCGAGCGUGGCAUGGUGACUGUGUGCGUUGCUUCGAUUGUGGAACCGAACUUCAGGAAAAAUGUUUUUCACGUGAAUCAAAAUUAUUUUGCCGGAAUGAUUUCUUCAGGAGAUAUGGAACAAAGUGUAGUGGAUGUCAUCAAGGUAUAAGCCCCCAAGAUCUUGUAAGAAAGGCAAGAGAUAAAGUUUUUCAUCUAAACUGCUUCACCUGCCUUGUUUGUCGAAAGCAGCUGAGCACUGGUGAGGAGCUCUAUGUCCUGGACGACAACAAGUUUGUCUGCAAGCAAGACUACUUGUCGGGAAAGCCCCUGCCGGACGCCCGUCACGCUCAUAGUCAUCAUGAAUCGCCGAUUUUGCCGGCAGGUGGUGACUCCCUGAUGGGUUCGGGCUCGGAAGACGAGGACGAAGAUGGAAGUAAUCACAUUCAUCAUCAUGAAGGAAUUGGUGGAUCACAUCUUGGACCACAUAGUUUAGGUCCCGGUAGUACGGGUGACCAAAGUGUUGGGCAUGUCAGUGACCUACCUCUUGGAAGUGACUCUUGCAAACAAGAAGACUCUGAAGAUCAGGGUUCCUUAGACGGUGAUCCUGAAACUAGAGAUAGCCAAACAGAAAACAAAAGUCCUGAUGGUGGUGCCGGGGGUGGAAGCGGUGAUGGUGGCGCUGGAUCAAAGCGACGGGGGCCAAGAACUACAAUAAAAGCUAAACAAUUAGAAAUAUUAAAAACGGCGUUUUCGGCAACGCCAAAACCAACGCGGCACAUUAGGGAACAACUUGCGAAAGAGACUGGUUUACCUAUGCGAGUUAUACAGGUAUGGUUUCAAAAUAAAAGGAGUAAAGAGCGAAGGUUGAAACAACUUACGACGAUGGGAAGAAGUCCAUUCUUCAAUGGUUCUAGAAAAAUGCGGGGUUUCCCAUUAAAUCUUAAUCAUGGAGCGCUAGGUGGUGACGAUGGUCCGCCACCUGGAUUUCCAUAUUUUCCUACUGAUAAGUUUGAAUUUGGCUAUGGUGCUCCUGUUCCAUUUCAUCAUGAAUUCUUUGGUGCACAUGGACCUCCUCAUCCGCAUGGGCCACCGUUCGCUGGUCCAGGUAAUCCGAUUCCCAACCUGUUUGUGACAGGUCUCGACCCUGCUAGUAUAGGAGGGAUGGCGGCAGCGGCUGUUGCGGGGGAGUAUCCACCACCAGGCGCCGCAGGAGGCCCCCCGGAAUUUCUCACGGGACCUCCGGGCCAAGGACCUCAACCACCGACGGGCGGCAGUCCCGGAGAGUUCCUAGCACCUACAGGCGGUGGCCAAGGUAAUCCCGGAGGAGGUGGUAAUUGUGGCGGUCCCGGCAGUGGAGGAGGCGGUGGCGGCGGCUUUCCUGAACAGCAACACCAGAUGCAAAGCGAGGGCCUCGUCUGGUAGAACAAGUUUAUGUUCAAUUAAUCUUAUCCACAAUCCAUCCGGACUCGAUUGUGAACUAUCGAUUGUCAGCGAAAUUAUAAUAGUAUAUUAACAAAAAAUAUUACAACACAAUAGUAUAAAUAUAAACAAAAAUAUUUAAAAAAAAGAAAAAAAUGAUUUAAUAAAUUUGUAAUAUAUAAGAGAAUAUACUAGUGAAAAGAUAACGAUCGAGUCUGGUGGUCAAUAACUGACAAUUUAAUUCCAGUUAUCGAAACAACAAAAAUCGCAAAGCGAUUUAUUAUAUAUAUAUAUAUAUAUUUUUUUUUUGUUUUGUAAAAACGAUUAUUACAAAUUUAAUUAUUAGUUUUAUUAAUAUAAUUAGGAAGUUAUUAUUUACAAUGAAAAUGAUAUUAUAAUCAUAUUAUUAUGUUUAUUAUUAUUAUUAUUUUUAUUAUCAUAAUAAUUAUUAUGAUCAUUAUUAUUAAUAUUACUAUUAUUGUGUACAAAAUUUAAAAAUUAUCCUGUCAUGUAAUAUGUUUUUCUUGUUGAUUAUAAUAUUAAAUGUUAAUUAUCGCAUAAAAUCCUGUAGAUAAAAGCUUUUUUUACACGUGCAAUAAUAAAUAACUGCACUUGGAAAACCAGAUAAAAAAAGAGAAAAUUUAUACACAAUUAUACAAAUACAUAUAUAUAUAAAUAUAAAUGUUUAUAUUUAUAUAUAAACAAAAUAUAAAUUGAUAUUUACGCUUGUUUAUUUAAAAUUUUAAAUAACAAAUUACACAGUAUCGCAGAAACAGAUUAAUCAUGGAUUAUAAUAUUCAUUAGUCAGGUAAAACUCAAACUAAAUUUAUUUAUUAAAUAUGCAUUUGCAUAAUUUUAAUUAAAAUAUGUUUACUAACGCGAAGAUGAAUAUUAAUAUAUGCGCAGAGAAUUUUAUAGUAGAAAUUGCCCAAAAAUUUUAGGUAACAGUGCAGCUGCCCAAUUUCGAAACAAAGUUAGGGACAAAUUUUUCAAAAUCGAUAUUUUAGUAUUUUUAGUUCCACUGGAGUCUUGUGAACAUGAUUCAGUACGUAUUUCCAAAAAUUUAUUUUUGUCAGUUAUUAUGUUUCGAAAUUGGGCAGCCGAGUGGGAAACCUCGUCAUUUUUUAGAAUUACCCUAUUUAUUUCAGUAAUUUUUAAUAAAAUUUUAUUAAAAUAUACUUUAGAAGAUAACUGUGUUUACUAUACCUCAUGGUAAAAUUUCUGACUGAUCAAAAGAUCAUUUACUUUCUUUAAAUAUUUACAAUAAAAAAAACUAGGUCCAACUGUAAAUUUGUGAAAUUAAAUGUGAAAAUUCCAACUUUUUUGAGACUUUGUACAACACAGUAUGGUAAUUUUAUCAAAAAUUUUUUAAAUUCGAGUUCGUUCGGAAAUUCUCGGCUCUUUUCGUUCAUUCUAGUGCGUUGAUAGCUUAGAAUUAGGGGUGGGCAGUAGUAACCGAAUUUUCAAAUUUUACUUUUCCAAUUACGUUUAGAAUAAUUACAUCACUCGAAUGAUGAAAAUCUUCCGGAAAAAUUUGUCUCACACAUUUUUUUGGAAACUAUAAAAAUUACUGUAAUAACAAUUGAUUAAUAAAUUAAAAAAAAAGUAUAAUUCAAAAAUUCUGUCAGUACGGCACAGCCUUAAUUACGAGACGUAUUGAAACAUUCGCGAGUAUCUCCAUGUAAAACAUUCUGUGAAUUUUCUUUUGUAUUAUAAUUAUAGAUAUGUAUUUGAAUGCUGAUAGAAUUUUCGAUAAAUUUGGUAGAUAAACUGUUUUUAUAAUUGUUAACGGUGAUUUAUUUGAAUAAAUAAAUUAUAAUUUAUUUUACAAAAUAACCAUGCUUCUAUUUCGUUGUUACUAAGUGAUUGUAUGCAUGUUGAGUUACUGAAUGCACUUGACUAAUUUUUUCAGCUUUCUUUGAAUUAUAAUUGAUUGCUUUUAUUAAAUUUUUUACGACUAUUUUACUGAAUAUUGUAAUUUAGCAUAACCAAUUACGACGUGGCUAGUAAAAAUUUAUAAAAUGAAAUUUAAGCUAGUGCUUUAUCAAAAUUACAAUGCACAUUGUAAAUUUUGUUCGGUAUAUUUGAAAAAUUUUCAUGUUUCCAGUAAUUUUUACCAUAAUUUCCUACUGUCCUAAUGCUACGAUUACUGUAGCAAUUUUUCUAUAAAUUUUUUAUAAAAAAUAUCACAAAAUUCUCUGAGUAUAUUUAAUCGAAUUUCAGCUUUUUUCUUUCAAUACUUAAAAAUGUAUAGAUAAAUAUUAACAAUUCAUAAUGACAAUAAAAAAAUAUUUUGUUUGAGUUGUCAUUAAAAAACCUCAACACUUUUUAUAUUCCAUUUAAUAUUAUACUUUAUUAACAUCAACAUCAUUAACAAAAUAUUUCAAGUAAACAUUAAUAGCGAAUUCGGUCUUUGAUUAAUCUGUUUCAACGGUAUCCUCAUACAAAAUUGUACUAAUAGCCAUAAAAUAUAAAUAUAAAAAUAAAUGAUAGAGCGUUUAACGAUAAAAACUGAUAAAACGACUAUCGAUGUAAAUAUAUAUAUGCUGAUGAAGAAAAAAAUGUAUUGAAAGAUCAAAAACAAAUGUUUAAAAAAAAUAUAAUGAAGUAAGGGAGAAUAAAUAAAUAAAGAUAUAUGAAAGAGUAUAUAUUAAAUAAAAUACUUUUUGGGUCUAAGUGAGAAAUGUACAGAUAUAGUAUAUAUCAUAUUCAUACUCUCGCUACUAUGCAUUACGGUUAAAAACAUUAUUAUAUAUAAUAAACCACCUCGUAUU